CUUUUCUAUAACCUUCGACUGAACAAAUAAAGACCCGCCACCAGACUUGAAUCCCAACUUCUUCUUUUCCUUCAUCUUCCUUUCCUUUAGGACCAUUCAACAGCAAAGGGGACAACACCCAGCACACCCCACCACCAAUAGACAUUCUCCUCUUGCCUGCUCUUUUGAAGGGACACUGGUACAUCUUUCCGACGACAUUUCCACCACAUCCUCCCCCUCACACACACCAUGGCCGGUCCACGGUCAAGAGCGGGCUCGUCCCGAUCAACAUGGUCGAUCGCCUUCUAUCUUCUCGUGGUCCUCGUUGCUGGCUUGAUGUUCUCAACUGCGAAAGCAGAUGAUCAAGAACCUCUCAAGGAUACCAGCGUCACAGGACCUGUCAUCGGUAUCGAUUUGGGCACAACCUACUCAUGUGUGGGUGUCAUGAAGAAUGGCAGAGUAGAAAUCAUGGUCAACGACCAAGGUAACCGUAUCACACCAUCAUGGGUCGCUUUCACCGACGAGGAGCGCCUGGUCGGAGACGCCGCCAAGAACCAGUUCGCUGCCAACCCACACAGGACAGUAUUCGAUAUCAAACGUCUUAUCGGUAGGAAAUUCGCCGAGAAGGAACUCCAAACCGACAUCAAGCACUUUCCUUUUAAAGUUAUCAACAAAAAUGGACAACCUAGGGUCGAUGUUGAGGUACAAGGCGAACAGAAGACAUUCACGCCUGAGGAGAUCAGCGCUAUGGUUUUGGGCAAGAUGAAAGAGGUGGCAGAAAGCUACCUCGGUGAGAAGGUCACAAACGCUGUCGUCACUGUCCCAGCUUACUUCAACGAUGCUCAAAGAGCUGCUACUAAGGACGCCGGUACAAUCGCUGGCCUGAAUGUGUUGCGUGUAGUGAACGAACCUACCGCUGCCGCCCUGGCAUACGGUCUAGAUAAGACUGAUAAGGACGAGCGCCAGGUCAUCGUUUACGAUCUCGGUGGUGGUACCUUCGAUGUCUCCAUUCUCACCAUUGACAAUGGUGUCUUCGAAGUCCAAGCUACUGCUGGUGAUACGCAUCUUGGUGGUGAGGAUUUCGACCAGCGUGUUAUCAACUACUUCACGAAGAAGUACAACAAGGAGAAGAAUGUCGAUAUCACCAAGGAUGCUAAGACUAUGGGUAAACUCAAGCGUGAAGUCGAGAAGGCGAAGCGUACACUUUCCUCCCAAAAGACCACCAAGAUCGAAAUCGAGAGCUUCCACAAGGGCGAGGAUUUCUCCGAGACUCUCACUCGUGCUAAGUUCGAAGAGCUUAACAAUGAUCUUUUCAAGAAGACUCUUAAGCCCGUUGAGCAGGUGCUCAAGGACGCUAAGAUGAAGAAGAGCGACAUUGACGACAUUGUUCUUGUCGGUGGUUCCACUCGUAUCCCCAAGGUGCAGCAGAUGCUCGAAGACUUUUUCGGCAAGAAGGCCAGGAAGGACGUCAACCCUGACGAGGCUGUCGCUUACGGCGCUGCGGUCCAGGGAGGUGUUCUUUCUGGAGACGAGCAGACUUCCGGUGUCGUUCUGAUGGACGUUAACCCAUUGACACUUGGUAUCGAGACUACCGGGGGUGUCAUGACUCAAUUGAUCAAGCGUGGUACAACCAUCCCUACCAAGAAGAGUCAAAUUUUCUCGACCGCCGCGGACAACCAGCCCGUGGUCUUGAUUCAGGUCUUCGAAGGUGAACGUUCCAUGACCAAGGACAACAACAACUUGGGCAAAUUUGAACUCACGAACAUUCCACCUGCGCCCCGUGGCGUUCCCCAAAUCGAAGUCACGUUUGAGCUUGACGCCAACGGUAUACUUCGUGUUUCGGCAGCCGACAAAGGUACCGGGAAAUCCGAGUCCAUCACCAUCACCAACGACAAAGGCCGUCUCACAGCUGAGGAAAUUGAACGCAUGGUUGAAGAAGCAGAGAAAUAUGCCGAUGAAGAUAAGGCAACUCGCGAGAGGAUCGAAUCACGAAACGGACUCGAGAACUAUGCGUACAGCCUGAAGAACCAGGUCAAUGAUGAAGAGGGACUUGGCGGCAAGAUCGAUGAAGAUGAUAAGGAAGCGCUCAUUGAGGCUGUUAAAGAAACGCAGGACUGGCUCGAUGAGAACGCAGCAUCAGCUACUGCGGAAGAGUUUGAUGAGCAGAAGGAGAAGCUCAGCAAUGUGGCGUAUCCCAUCACCAGCAAACUCUACGGAGGUGCUGGUCCUGGUGAGGACGACGAUGAGCCCGGUGACCACGACGAGCUGUAA